AUAGGAUCUUGUUGUAUUUUGUCAGGUAACCCUGUCUUCAUAAACAUCUUCAUAAAAGGCAUUGAUUAAGGUGCAGGAUGUACAGCUUUAUGGGUGGAGGUUUGUUCUGUGCAGGAGUGGGGAACAUCCUCCUGAUCGUUUCCACAGCAACCGAUUACUGGAUGCAGUAUCGGCAGUCCAGCAACUACAUGCACCAGGGCCUGUGGCGCUACUGUACGCCGGGCAAAUGCUUCCCACACAACGACAACAUCGCCCACUUAGACGCCACCCGUGCCCUCAUGAUCCUCUCUAUUUUGGCCUGUUUCAUCGGCAUUAUCAUUGGCAUUAUGGCCUUCAUCCAUUACUCCUCCUUCGACAGGUUUGACAAAACCUUUGCUGCAGGCAUAUUGUUUUUCAUCUCAUGCUUUUUAGUGUUUCUAGCAAUGACGGUGUACACUGGUGUGACUAUUAACUACUAUGGGAAACGCUAUGGAAACUGGAGGUUCUCCUGGUCCUACAUCAUUGGCUGGGUGUCAGUGGUGCUCACCUUUUUUUCAGGUAUAUUCUAUUUGUGUGCCUAUCGGAUGCAUGAAUGCCCCAGGAGCACUAACUCUCAUUAGAAGACUGAAACCAUCAUCCAGAAAUAAGCCAUUUGAUCAUAAGAGGUGCAUCAAGGCUGUGUGAUGUGUUCUUACCUUCAGAAGCAGAGCUUACCUCUGGAACAUGAACAAUCAAAGUUUAAAUGAUUCCAAUAAA